AUGUGCAUUCACUCCGUAAUGUUUACGGAUGAGUCCGUUUUCCAUUUGCAUGGAACGGACAAACAACAUUUCUGGGCUAGUUCAAAUCCACGCAGAUACACAGCGUCACGUAUUCAGCAUAGCGCCAAGCUGAUGAUCUGGGCUGGAAUUACCGGUCAGAAAAUCGUUGGACCAUUUUUCUUUUCCAGGAACGUGACCG